UUUGGCUUAACCCUAACCUUACUAGGCCUGACCUUUACACCACAAUCUUCAGUAAUUCUCACGGCCAACCAUAUUCAUUAUUAUGGAUCCAUCCACGCUUUCCCUGUUUGCAGCGACGCCCCAGCAAAUUGAAGCUUCUAGCAGAAGGACGGGAGCUUCAGCAUGGGGCAAUGGAAUGACCUUGGAUCAAUAUGUGCAACGCGAUCUGGAUUUGCAGAAAUCCGAAUGCGGGAGAGAUGGGAAGUUAAUGAUUUGGGUACUUGCACCGCGAAACGAUCCUGAGACGCUUGACUUUCUUUGUUCCUGUGAAACAUUUCUACGGACAGGAUUGACUGCGAGAAAGAAUCCCAACUCUCCUGAUUCAGAACCGUUGAUCGAGCAAGUCGAAUGUUACGGGGUUGCUUCUGUGUUCACACCUCCCUUCAAUCGUGGAAAAGGAUACGCUCGUCUAAUGAUGAGUCUGUUACAUUGGAUUCUGGCUGGUAACAACAUGUCUCCAAAUAUCAGAUUUCCUUCCGAUAUUUGGGGUUCGCAGCCCGUCCCUCCACCUGGGAUGGGCAAUGCUAUAUUCUCUGCUCUUUCAAGUGACGUAGGGUUAUUCUAUGAGAGUUGUAAUCCUGAUACUGCGGACCGAACGAAGAAGAAUGGAUGGAUCAUCAGAGGGACGAGAACAGCGAGGUGGAAUCCAAAAGUCGAUGUUCCUACUACCCCUGCGAUAACCAGUACUGCGGGAAAUUGGCGAUGGUUAACCCACGAAGAGAUAAACCAGCUUUGCACACAAGAUGCGGAGCGCAUGCGAGCGGAUUUACGCGCUCGCUGGUUCGAUGUCUCGUCUGUCUCGUCCUCGAAAACGAAAAUCUUAUUCACGUUUCUUCCAUCCGGCGGCGUAGAAGCUUUCCAGCGCGAACGGCUACAGUAUUUCUGGGAAAAGGAGAAUAUCGUGCACUGUGGUGUUGCUUUGUCUGUUCCGAGAAGCGACCUGACAAAUGAUUCUACGAAUGACCUUGGUACGGUCCAGGCAUUCGUUGCAUGGACACUUGAGCUACGUCCCCCUGCGCCACGAACACUUCUCGUUACACGAUUACAUGCACCAAGCCCCGAUUAUAUUUCCGAGAUUGUACGCAGGAUUUGGGAAUAUUCUAUUCAACAUGAUAUCCAAGUUGUCGAGAUAUGGAAUUUUCCUUCGGAGCUGAGGGAGGUGGGGUAUCGAUCUGCAGAGCGGUGGUUUGUGCCUUUUGGGGGAGAGGAAGGUGAAUUUGAGUUUGAAAGGGCACUGCAUCUUCCAGCGUUUAAGUGGUAUGGAUAUGGGCCUCAACGUAUGACGGAUACAGCCGACGCUGUCGCGAAUGAUUCAACGUCGGAAAAGGUUGAUGAAAGUGAGAUCGAGUGGAUGUUUAAUGAAAAGUUUUGCUGGUGCUAGCAAUGUGGAAUCUGGACAGUAUAUCAUGAUGUCUUCAAUUAUAGUGUAUAAUCUGCUCCAAGUGACAUGC